AUGGCAAGCCUUAUGCCCAACCGCGCAGAGUCGUUCAACACCCGCACUCGGGGAACGAGCCAUAUCGAUUUCAAGACCGCGACCACCGGUGUCGCGGCCAAGGCCAUGCGCAAUGAGCUGAGCCAUCUCGUCUCCACGAUCUCCGACCCGCAGGAGAAGAAGAACUUUGACAUGGAGAUGCAAUCCUUCUUCUUCCUCUUCACCCGCUACCUCGCCGAGCGCGCCCAGAGCCAGGAUCUCGAUUGGGACCGUAUCAAGUCGCCCUCCGAUGACAAGGUCGUCCCCUAUGCGCAGCUCUCCGAGCCCAAGGACAAGAGCGUCCUCAACAAGCUCGCCGUCCUAAAGGUCAACGGUGGUCUCGGCACGUCCAUGGGCAUGACCGGCGCGAAGAGCGCGCUCGAGGUCAAGAACGACAUGACCUUCCUCGACCUCACCGUGCGACAGAUCGAGCACCUCAACACGAGCAACCGCGUCGAUGUUCCGCUCCUCCUCAUGACGUCCUUCAACACGCAUGACGAUACCCUGCGCAUCAUCAAGAAGUACGCGAAUCAGCAGUUGCGCAUCACCACUUUCAACCAGAGCCGCUACCCCCGUAUCUUCAAGGAGACCCUCCUCCCGUGUCCCAAGCGCGCGGACGAUGACAAGAAGCACUGGUACCCGCCCGGUCACGGUGACGUUUUCAACGCGCUCUACCAGUCUGGUGUCCUCGAUCAGUUGAUCUCGGAGGGCAAGGAGUACAUCUUCAUCUCGAACUCGGACAACUUGGGCGCUGUCGUCGACGAGAAGAUUCUCCAGCACAUGAUCGACUCUGAGGCUGAGUUCAUCAUGGAGGUCACCGACAAGACGAAGGCUGACGUCAAGGGUGGUACCCUCAUCGACUACGAUGGCAACAUCCGCCUCCUCGAAAUUGCUCAGGUCCCAUCCGAGCAUGUCGAGGACUUCAAGUCCGUCCGCAAGUUCAAGAUCUUCAACACCAAUAACCUCUGGGUGAACCUGAAGGCGAUCAAGCGCGUCAUGGAGAACGAGGGCAUGGAGCUCGAGAUCAUCAUCAACCCGAAGGUGAACGACGACGGCCAGCCGGUCAUCCAACUCGAGACCGCCGCGGGUGCCGCGAUCAAGCACUUCAAGAACGGGCACGGUAUCAACGUGCCGCGGUCGCGCUUCUUGCCCGUCAAGAGCUGCUCGGACCUGCUGCUGAUCAAAUCGGACAUUUACUCGCUUGAGCACGGCCAGCUCGUCAUCAACGAGCAGCGCAUGUUCGAGACGACGCCGGUGAUCAAGCUUGGGGACCACUUCAAGAAGAUCCAACAAUUCCAGAAGCGCUUCAAGAAGAUCCCCAAGAUCCUCGAGCUCGACCACUUGACGGUUACUGGCGACGUCUACUUUGGCCGCAACGUCACUUUGCGCGGGACGGUCAUCAUCGUCGCGAACGAGGGGCAGAGCAUCUACAUCCCCGACGGCUGCAUACUGGAGAACCGCCUCCUGUCGGGCAACCUGAACAUGAUUGAGCUGUGA